UUGUCCAAUUGACUCGAUAUUACAACGUGUACAUCCUUACCUUACGUUCUGGAAGUAAAAAAUGACAAUAAACGUGUAUAACGUGCUGCAUAAUCUCGAUCUCUUUAAUUUUCCACCAACAUGAUACAAAUAAAGUAAAAACUACCAAGAUUGUGAGGUUAUGUGGAAACAAUUUGAAUUGUUUUUAAUUUAUUAAUUUACCGGCAUCAGUUUCAGACUAGUUGAAAUGGAAACACUGGAAUAUUCCGUAGCUUACAUGGCACACAAGAAGUCUUCCCUGAUAAUGAACCACAUUCGCCGUCAUCAGUCAUCCUUGGUAUUUUUUACCUGUGGAAACCCUCUUGAUUCUUACCAUUGCAAAGACUGCGAUUUUCAAACCGAACUAACGUUGCCUUUCAAGCGACAUAUUAAAGACCGUCACGGAAUAAAACAAGAAAACAAUGACGAUUUAAGUGUACAAGAUAACAUUCAAAAGUACGUUUGUGGAAAGUGCGGCUUUGAGACGCAUUUUUCGCUUAAAUGGUUACGUCACAUGAGAGAGUGUCCUUACAAAACUAAAGAACAACCAAAUUUGAAACAGCAUAUUCAGCGGCAUCGUGGAGAUGAAAAAGACAUCAGGUGGUACAAGUGUGAAAAUUGCGAAUACAAAAACAAAUAUCGCUCAUCAUUAAACAGACACAUAAAAAUGCGGCAUUUAAACAAAGGGCAUCAAUGCCCUGUGUGUCCUUACAGGACCCUAGGCAAAGCCGAUUUGAAAAAGCACAUUAACGCACGGCAUGUGGACGACCUCGACGCCAAAUGGUACGAAUGUGAACAAUGCUCAUAUAGAUGUAAACGCAAGACAUAUUUGACGAGACACGUGAACUUUUUUCAUAUGGAUGAAAAGGACGCCAAAUGGUAUGAAUGCGAACAUUGUCCAUACAAGACUAGAUAUAGUUCGAACUUUAAGAAACACGUGGAAAGCCAGCAUUUUAGUGGGAAAAGUAUCACGUGGUAUCACUGCACCAAGUGUUCAUUUAAAACAAAACACGAGGGGGUUUUACAGAAACACGUGGACGCGUCGCGUUUGAACGAACACGACAUGAAUUGGUACGAUUGUGAACAAUAUGAAAAGGACGCCAAGUGGUACGAAUGCCAACAUUGUCCAUACAAGACUAGAGAUCGGUCGAAUUUAACGAGACACGUGAACGGGCGGCAUUUGAAUGAGGAAAGUAUCACGUGGUAUCAGUGCAAGGAGUGUCAAUUUAAAACCAAAUAUAGCAAUAGUUUACAGAAGCACGUGAAUGCGCGGCAUUUGAGAGGCGAAGAUAUCACGUGGUAUCAGUGCGAGGAGUGUCCAUUUAAAUCAAAACACGUGGUGCUUUUACGUAAACACGUGAAUGUGCGACAUUUGGACGGAGACAGUAUCAAAUGGUACGACUGUGACAAGUGCCAAUACAAAGCCCAGUAUCUCUCAUCUUUAAAGAAACACAUAAAUGCGCGACAUUUGGACAAAGACGAAAUCAAGUGGCACCAGUGCAAUGAGUGUUCCUUCAGGAGCAAAGCAAAAAGCAGUUUGAAAACUCACAUUAACGUACGACAUCUGGACGACCAGAACGCGAAAUGGUACGAAUGCAAACAGUGCCCAUUUAAAAAUAAAUGUUACAAAUCUCUAACCAAACACGUGAACGCUUGUCAUGUGGACGAAAAGGACCGCAAGUGGUACGAAUGCCAGCAGUGUCCAUACAAGUCUAGAGAUAGUUCGACUUUAAGAAGGCACGUGAGAACCCGUCAUUCGAAUUUAAAACAAAACGAACAAAUAAAGUAUAAGGUGACACAAAAUGCAAUAGAGAUUAAACAUUUAGUUGAAAAUGAUAUUAAGGUAUAAGAGUGCGAAAAGUGUACUUUUAACACUAAGAACAAAAGUAA